CCUGGCAGCGUGGGGCGGCGGCGGCGGCGACGGCCUGGGCUGGGAGCGUUGGCGGCCGGGGUCCCAGCCAUGGCCGAGUCCGUGGAGCGGCUGCAGCGGCGGGUGGAGGAGCUGGAGCGGGAACUGGCACAGGAGAGGAGUCGGCGGGCCGUGGGGGGCGGCGACGGAGGAGGCGGCCGGGUCCGCAUCGAGAAGAUGAGCCCGGAGGUUGUGGACUCCAACCCCUACAGCCGCCUGAUGGCAUUGAAACGAAUGGGAAUUGUAAGCGACUAUGAGAAAAUCCGAACCUUUGCUGUAGCAAUAGUAGGUGUUGGUGGAGUUGGUAGUGUGACUGCUGAAAUGCUGACAAGAUGUGGCAUUGGUAAGUUGCUACUCUUUGACUAUGACAAGGUGGAACUGGCCAAUAUGAAUAGACUUUUCUUCCAGCCUCAUCAAGCAGGAUUAAGUAAAGUUCAAGCAGCAGAAUAUACUUUGAGGAACAUUAAUCCUGAUGUUCUUUUUGAAAUACACAACUAUAAUAUAACCACAGUAGAAAACUUUCAACAUUUCAUGGAUAGAAUAAGUAAUGGUGGAUUAGAAGAAGGAAAACCUGUUGACCUAGUUCUUAGCUGUGUGGACAAUUUUGAAGCCCGGAUGACAAUAAAUACAGCUUGUAAUGAACUUGGGCAAACGUGGAUGGAGUCUGGGGUCAGUGAAAAUGCAGUUUCAGGACAUAUACAGCUCAUAAUUCCUGGGGAAUCUGCUUGUUUUGCGUGUGCUCCACCACUUGUAGUUGCUGCAAAUAUUGAUGAAAAGACUCUGAAACGAGAAGGUGUUUGUGCAGCCAGUCUUCCUACCACAAUGGGAGUGGUUGCUGGGAUCUUAGUACAAAAUGUGUUAAAGUUUCUGUUAAAUUUUGGUACUGUUAGUUUUUACCUUGGAUAUAAUGCAAUGCAGGACUUUUUUCCUACCAUGUCCAUGAAACCAAAUCCUCAGUGUGAUGACAGAAAUUGCAGGAAGCAGCAGGAAGAAUAUAAGAAAAAGGUAGCAGCACUGCCCAAACAUGAGGCUGCUCCAGAAGAGGAAGAGAUUAUACAUGAAGAUAAUGAAUGGGGUAUUGAGUUGGUAUCCGAGGUUUCAGAAGAGGAACUGAAAAAUUUUUCAGGUCCAGUUCCUGACUUACCUGAAGGAAUUACAGUGGCAUACACAAUUCCCAAAAAGCAAGAAGAUUCUGUAGCUGAAGUAACUGUGGAAGAUUCUGGUGAAAGCUUGGAAGACCUUAUGGCCAAGAUGAAGAAUAUGUAAAUAAUGGACUGACCUAUAUUUUAUUUCCUGAGUUAAGCCUAUACCCUUGCAAUUAAAAAAAAAAAAAAUUUAAAAACUGACAAAGCUUAGGGCAAUAUUACUUGAUAUAUAAUCUACAUAGAAUUGUUAUACUUUUUGAAAUAGUGUUGUUUGUCCCUUUUUCUCUUUAACUAAAUCCGUAACUCCUAAAACUCAUGUUUCAAUCUAGUUAAAACUUGAAAACCCAGCCACUGAAAUGCUUUGCCCUUUUGGGAGGGGUGGGAAGAAAGGAUCAAUAUGAUGCUCUAUUUGUUCUCCUUCCAGUAAUCCUUUGUGGUUUGUUGCCUAAGACCAUGGAUAAUAAAGUAGUAGGUGGUUCUCAAAUAUAGGGAAAGGACAGGAGGUACAAUCAGUUGAUUAGAGCUAGCAGAUAUCUACUCAUUUUAUGUAGAAUCCUCUCUAUAAGAAAACUGUCCACUGUUACCAACAAUGAAUUUAAAAUAGUUCAUCGAUAAAAUAAAAAAUAUCCUCUCAAAUGUUAACCUAAAUACAAGCUAAAAUGUAGUCAUCGGAAAAGUCUGUAAAUCUGUGAAUUCAGAACAAGACAAAGGCAAAUAAAAGUAAGCUUCCUUCAUGGAUUAAUAAAGGUACUUUCAGGAAGUAAAAAUCAUUAUGUUUCUGCACUAACCAAGGAACAGAACUCCUUGCAUGAGUAGAACAUAUAUCUGGCGUCACUGCACUUUAUUGAGGAGCAAGGAGUACAUGUAGUUUAAGAUUAUCUAGAUUAUACCUGUCAUAUGGGCUACCUUCUGAGUACUUAUUUAAAUUUGAUUCUCUAGAUAAUUAGAUAGUUGUCCGGUAUUGGCAUAAAAGAGACCUAAAUUACCUCUAUAAUGACUGACAUGUAUUUAUUCACUGGAAGAGUAUCAUUUACCCUGAUCAUGGCCACUAAAUUAUAAAUUGAUAAAUUGGUUUUCUCUAAAUGAAAUACAAAUAAUGAAAGCUUAGAAAGCCUUAGUUAAAUUUCUAGUGGUUUGGAGACCAAUGAAAAAUAUGCAUGUGUAACCAUUAUCAGUAGGAUGUUAUUAUACUAUGCUAAUCUACUUUGAUUUUUUUACUUGAAGAUAUGAAUGAUUACAUUGUAUCUCUAGGGAAGAAAUGUUAGUACAAAAUGAAAAAUGCAAUUUCUACUUAAUAAAAUAAAUUUUUAAAGUCUGAUUUCAGAAAGUCCCAAAUAUCAAAUAUGUUCAGUAUAUUUGCUUUGAGAUUGUAGAAUCAUAUAGUGAUUCUUCUGUUUAGAAUAAGUUUAGGAAAGUAAGGGAGUGGUAGCCUUGACACUUACGUUGCCUUGGUAGGUCAUUUGCCAUUAAAAAAAUUAGUGAAUUCA